CAGACACAAAGCCGACACGACAUAUCGUCUCGAAAACUCGAGAGAAAUCUUUCCCAAUUCAAUUUCCACAUCCCCCACUUUUGUCGAUCUUUCGCAGACUGCCGGAAUGGCCUUUGUAGCGCGUCGGAGUAGCGAUGGCUCGGUGGUGGAUCGUCAGCAGGUGUCUGGUCGGGAAAAAGUACGUCCAGCUUCCCAGUCGGACAUUAGUGAUGAGGAUUCGGAGUCGCUGCUGGGCUAUACAAACCACACCUAUGGGGCUCCCACAGUGAGGUAUGUUGGCCAGGGUGAAGAUCGUGAAGCGGUGGAACCUCAGCUAGAUUAUGAGGAUUUUGGGGAUUCUCUGGGGGAUCAUGCCGACAAUUCGGAAAGCGAGACGGAUUCCAUUUUGAGUUUCUGCAAGGAACUGGAUGAGGAGGAGGCCAACGAUGCAUUGCUAAAUGGCAGAAUGAGCUUCACAGACGAGAAGGCGAAAGUUGAGGAUAAAGCGAAUGCAGAUGAUGUGUUUCACCGGGUCAUGAACAAAGGCGAUGAGGCGGCUGCCACGGACACGGAGACCGUGAUGAACUUUGAUCACGAUGUGCAGAGCCUUAGCUCCUUAGGCAGCUGCACGCCAACGGUGACGCAACGCGGUGAGGAUGUCGACAAUUUGGACAAUAUCAGCGGCAGGACAUUUUUCAAGGAGGAAAAAUCGCACAGCAUUAACACCAGGACCUUUUGCAAGGAUAACAAUCUGGAUGCGCUGAGCGGCAGGACCUUCUACAAGCAGGCCUCCGUAAAGGAGACUAACCAGGGCCAGAUUUCCAGUCGGACAUACAGCCUGAGUAGCUCGGGCAACAAUCAAAACCAUGACGCAUCCUCGAUGUCCACCUGCAGCUGGUCGGACAUGUACCGCGGUGCUCUGCAGUCCACCGAUGGAUGCACCGGUAUGCCCCCUCUGAGCCUGGCCAGCGUCGUCUCUGACUCGUCCACGUGCUACAAGCAGCUGGAGGAGCAUAAGGAACGCCCUGGCCCGCAGGCCUUCGAGGACUGGAAGGCGCGAAAGGCCGCCGAGAAGCAGAAGAAUCUGCUGGCUGCCAAACAGGAGCGCGAAAAGCGGGAGGCGGAGGCAGCACUGCGACAGAAAUAUGCCCAGGAGCACUUCCAGGAGUGGUGUCGUCGCAAGGAGGAGCAGCAGCAGCAGCAGCGGCAAAAGCAAAAGAAAUCCUCGACCUCUAGCUCCAGUUUGGGAUCGGUUUCCAGCUCUAGCACCGCCCCUACAAGGAAGGUGUCUCCCGAGAACACAAAGAACCGUCUGCAGAAGUGGGAGCAAGCCAAGCGGGAGCAGCAGCAACAGGAAAAACAACGCCUGAUCCGACUGCAGUGCAACAAGCAGAAACUGGAGGAGGAACGCCGUCAGCGCCGCCAAGGCGCCUGGCAGAACUGGAUGAAACAGGUGGACAAGCGGGCCAAGCCGGUUCCCCUCAAUCAGGGCUUUGACACGCUGCGCGGUACCAUAUCCAACAUCUACAUCAAUCCCGUGCAAUGGGUGUCCAAUAUCGAUCCGCAGGAUUCGGGGCGCAGUCGUUAGAAUUCCUUGGAGCGCUCUCACAUUCGUUAGUCCAUCGCCAUUUCACGCUGAAAUGCAUGCAAGACCUAUGGGGACGACUGGUGCAGGAGGACGGGAGGAGAUCGCCUCGGUUGCUGGGCCCGCAAAAUGAUUUUAAUUCUACUACUACACAUUAUACACGAAUUUUGAUUAGUGGCGGUGGAUCCCACUUUGUUUUACCUUCGCAAGUUACUCAAUAAACUACAAGAUCGGCAGCUU